UUUUUGCUCCGGUGACCGAUUCCACGGAGAGGGUGGCGGCCACAGGCGGGGAGGGUGCGGGCCGUAAGUCCUUACAGGUAGGCGUAGCUGUGGCCGGCCUCCUGGAAAGCCGGCUGCUGCCCCGCCUUCUGCCUCCAACUUGGUCUCAGGAGCCAGGAACCCUCGUCCGUGGGUUUGGUCCGGGUCCAUCCCCGUAGGUCUUGCAUUAUAUAUAUGUAUACAGGUCUCAGGCAGGGUAAGCAAUUGAUUUUAUGGUUAAUCACAAUGGAACUUUAGUCCUAUAAAGGGGAAACUCAUCAAGGAUCCCCUAGAAAAGCUUACUGCCAGGUUCUUGUUUUGUUUUGUUUUUGUUUUUUUCAGUGCUGGGGAAGGAAUGUAGGACCUCACCCAUGCUAGGUAAUAUAGAUCACAAGAGAAGAACUUCCUGAAGUUGUUCAAGAAAAAUUUGAAAAUAGCAAUAUAGAAGACAAAGAGAAUUGACAGCAGAUAUAGAGGGCAGCAUGGAAGUAUUGUCCUAGGUAAUAGAAUACAGCAGAGAACAAAACAGACAGAUUCUCCUGCUCAUAUGCAACUACAGCUGAUGAUGUCUUCUGACUUCAGUAUAUUUAGAGUUGGGAUCUCUUUUAUCAUGAUGUGCAUUUUUCAUAAAUCAACUGAAGAUUCUGUGCCAGAACUGAGUCCUCAGAAAUAUUUCAGCACAUUGCAACCAGGAAAAGCCUCUCUAGCUUAUUUUUGUCAAGCUGAUUCACCAAGUACCUCUGUACUUCUUGAAGAACUGAAUGAGGCUGCUAAACCUCUCCAGGACUAUGGGAUUUCAGUUGCAAAGGUUAAUUGUGUCAAAGAAGAAACAUCAAAAUACUGUGGAAAAGAAAAGGAUUUGAUGAAAGCAUAUUUAUUCAGAGGCAACAUAUUGCUCAGAGAAUUCCCUACUGAUACUUUGUUUGAUGUGAAUGCCAUUGUCGCUCAUGUUCUCUUUGCUCUUCUUUUUAAUGAAGUGAAAUAUAUAACCACACUGGAAGAUCUUCAGAACAUAGAAAAUGCUUUGAAAGGAAAAGCAAAUAUGGUAUUCUCAUAUGUAAGAGCCAUUGGAACGCCAGAGCACAGAGCUGUCAUGGAAGCUGCCUUUGUGUAUGGGACCACAUAUCAAUUUGUCUUAACUACAGAAAUGGCCCUUUUGGAAAGUAUUGGCUCUGAGAAUAUAGAACUUGCACAUCUCUACUUUUUUCAUUGUAAUCUAGUCUCAGACUUGACCCAGCAAUGUAGAAGAACACGAAUGGAACAGUCAUUGACGACACUGAACAUUCACCUGUUUGUUAAGACAAUGAAAGCACCCCUGUUGACUGAAGUUGCUGAAGAUCCUCAACAAGUUUCAACUAUUCAUCUCCAACUAGGAUUACCACUGGUUUUUAUUGUUAGCCAACAAGCCACGUAUGAAGCUGAUAGAAGAACUGCAGAAUGGGUUGCAUGGCGUCUACUGGGAAAAGCAGGAGUUCUGCUCUUGUUAAGGGACUCUUUGAAAGUGAACAUUCCUCAGCACACCAAUGUGAUCUUCAAAAGAGCAGAACAGGAAGUACCAGUGGAAUUUUUGGAGUUACAUGAUGUUGAAUUAAUAAUUUCCCAUGUGGAAAAUAAUAAUCACAUUGAGGAAACACAAGAAGAUGAAGACAAUGACAUGGAAGAUCCAGACAUGGGUAAUAGUUAUAUUCAAGAUGAUGAAGUUGCAGAAACUGUUUACAGAGAUAGGAAGAGACAGUUACCUUUGGAACUGACAGUGGAACUCACAGAAGAGACAUUUAAUGCAACAGUAAUGGCUUCUGACAGCAUAGUGCUCUUUUAUGCUGGUUGGCAUGCAGUAUCCAUGGCAUUUCUACAGUCCUAUAUUGAUGUGGCAAUUAAAUUAAAAGGUGAUUCAUGUACAAGGACUGCUGUAGAUGCUGGAAGUCAAUGGUCACUACUAUCAAGCAGCUCUCUUGACACAUCCACUAUGCUUCUUACUAGAAUAAACUGUGCAGAUUGGUCUGAUAUAUGUACUAAGCAAAAUGUCUCUGAGUUUCCCAUUGUAAAGAUGUACAAGAAAGGCGAGAACCCAGUAUCAUAUGUUGGUAUGCUAGGAACUGAAGGUCUCCUGAAGUUUAUACAACUCAACAGGAUUUCAUAUCCAGUGAACAUAACACUGAUCCAGGAAGCAGAAAAAUAUUUAAGUGGAGAAUUAUAUAAAGACUUGCUCACCUAUUCUAGUGUGUCAGUACUGGGACUAUUUAGUCCAACCAUGACAACAGCCAAAGAAGAUUUUACUGAAGCAGGAAAUUACCUAAAAGGAUGUGUCAUCACUGGAAUUUAUUCUGAAGAAGAUGUUUGGAUACUGUCAAAUAAAUAUGCUGCAACUCUUCCAGCCCUGCUACUUGCCAGACACAAAGAAGGCAAAAUUGAGAGCAUUCCACUUGCUAAUACCCAUGUGCAGGACAUAGUUCAAAUAAUAACAAAUGCAUCACUAGAAACAUUUCCAGAAAUAACUGUAGAAAAUCUUCCCACUUAUUUAAGACUUCAGAAACCAUUACUUAUUUUGUUCAGUGAUGGCAGCAUAAAUCCUCAGUAUAGAAAAGCAAUAUUGACACUAAUGAAACAGAAACACUUGGAUUCUCUUAUUCCUUGCUGGUUAAAUCUGAAGAACACUCCUGUGGGGAGAGGAAUUUUGCGGGCAUAUUUCAGCCCUCUGCCUCCUCUUCCUCUUCUUGUUUUGGUGAAUCUGCAUUCAGGUGGCCAAGUAUUUUCAUUUCCUUCCAAUCAGUCUAUAACUGAACAAAACCUUGUGUUAUGGCUUAAAAAGUUAGAAGCAGGACUAGAAAAUCAUAUCACAAUUUUAUCUGCUCAGGAAUGGAAACCCCCUCUUCCAGCUUAUGAUUUUCUAAGUAUGAUGGAUGCUGCAACAGCUCCACAUCCCUCUAGGAAAGAGCCUGAGUGUACGAAAGAAACAGAUGUGCCAGAGAAUGACAAGGAACAGCACGAAGACAAGUCCGCCAUCAGAAAAGAGCCCAUUGAAACACUGAGAAUAAAGCACUGGAAUAAAAGUAACUGGUUUAAAGAAACAGAGAAAUCCCUUAAGCAUGAUAAAGAGUUAUGAUGCUCAAAAGUAAGCUAAUUUGAUAGGGCUGUCAUUUCCAAAGUCUUUUUAGCUUCUUUGAGAGAAUUGAGAAUUUAUUUAAUUAAGGAAUGAUACUAAAUCAUGUCAAAUAGACCAGUGCCAUCUAGUAGAAUUUUAAUGCAAGCCACACGUAAAAUUUUCUAGUAGCUACAUUUUAUAUAUGUAUAUAUUAUUUUUUAGUUAUAUAUGGACACAAUAUCUUUAUUUUGUUUAUUUAUUUUUAUGUGGUGCUGAGGAUCAAACCCAGUGCCUCACAUGUGCAAGGUAAGUGCUCUGCCACUGAGCCACAACUCCCACCCUAGUAGUUAUACUUUUUAAAAACUAAAAUUGUUUUAAAAAUGUCUUUCACCCAGUAAGAAUACCUAAAAUAGCUCAAUUAAUAUAAAAAUCAUUGAUAGAUUUACUUUUUUUUCUUUUUUAACCAAGUUUUCAGAAUGCAGCAUGUAUUUUACACUUAACUGCUAUUUCACUAUGGAGUAGCCUGUGUUUCAGGUGCUCAUUAGCCACAUGUGGUGGGUGACUAUUAUAUUGAACAGCUCAGUAUUGGACAAAACCUAGUAUAAGCAAUUUAACUUAGUUUUACCCAUGGUAUAUUUUGGGAUUAAAAUUAAAAUGCGACACUAGUUUAAUCACAGCUCCUCCGUGGAGUGAUAUAUCAUGUUGUUAAAAUCAGUGUUUCUCAACCAGGAUACUUUCCCACCUCAGGGGACAUUUGGCAAUGGCUAGAGACAAUUUUGAAGUCAUACUUAGGGAUGGUACUGGCAUGUAGCGGGUAGAGAUCAGGAAUGCUGUUUAAUAUCCUACAUUGGGCAGCACCCCCCUCAAACAAUUAUCCUGCCCCAAAUGUCAGUAGUAUCAGGGAUGAAUAACUAACUAACCUAUGGCAGAAUGGACUCCCACAUUUUCUGAAUCCUCUCAAUUAUGUUUAAAAAAAAUGUGGAUAUUAAAGAUAAGUAUUAGGUGGUCUUAA